UGGCAUAUAUUAUGCCCAUGCCUCGUGCUUUGUAAAUUUGAAGUAGCUUAGAAGUUUGAACGAGUUGUAGCACCAAACUGGUGCAGCCUUGUGUCGGGGUUACGAUGAUAAGCAAAAGCAUGCGAAGUGUGACAGGCUUCUUCGCACGAGAGUGGUUGGUUCAGUUAAUACGUCGAACACCUUGUGACACUCUUACCUUGAAAUUGUUCUGUGCUCAAGCGACACAAAACCAGGAUUCCCUGUCUCGAAGAAUCGAGAGACUCCCCAAAGGAGAAUCCGUCGGCUCUGCUUUCCGCAGUUGGAUGAGAGAUGGCUUCCCCGUUCACGGCGGUGACGUCUUUCACUCCAUUAACCGACUCAGGAAGCUCAAAAAGAACAUACGUGCUCUUCAGGUGAUGGAAUGGGUAAUCAGGGAAAGACCCUACAGACCUAGGGAACUGGAUUACUCUUAUCUUGUUGAGUUUACAAUUAAGCUUCAUGGGAUUUCACAUGGUGAGAAGUUGUUCUCCCGAAUUCCGGUUGAGUUUCACAAUGAGUUGCUCUACAACAAUCUAGUGAUUGCAUGCUUGGAUAAGGGUGUCAUAAGGCUUUCACUUGAGUACAUGAAGAGAAUGAGGGAAUUGAGAUUUCCCAUUUCGCACUUGGUUUUCAACCGUCUCAUAAUUCUUCAUUCCUCGCCAGGGCGCAAGAAGAUGAUACCCAAGUUGCUCAUCCAAAUGAAGGCUGAUAAAGUUCCGCCACAUGUGUCCACCUACAAUAUUUUGAUGAAAAUAGAGGCCAGUGAACAUAAUCUCGAGAAUUUGUUGAAGGUCUUCUGUCGAAUGAAAGAAGCACAGGUUGAACCAAAUGAAAUAUCUUACUGUAUUUUGGCUAUUGCUCAUGCAGUGGCCAGAUUAUAUACUGCAACUGAAGCAUAUGUGGAAGCUGUGGAGAAGUCUAUUACAGGGAAUAACUGGUCAACAUUGGAUGUCCUACUUAUUUUGUAUGGGUAUCUAGGGAGCCAAAAGGAGCUGGAAAGAAUUUGGACCAUCAUUCAAGAACUCCCCUCUGUUAGAUCUAAAAGUUACAUGCUAGCCAUUGAAGCAUUUGGUAGGAUUGGACAGCUAAACAGAGCCGAAGAAAUUUGGUUAGAAAUGAAAUCAACCAAAGGAUUGAAAUCUGUAGAGCAAUUCAAUUCAAUGAUCUCUGUAUACUGCAACCAUGGAUUUGUCGACAAAGCGGCUAGACUGUACAAAAUUAUGAAGGCGAGUGGGUGUAAACCAAAUGCCAUUACUUAUCGUCAACUUGCUCUGGGCUGCUUAAGAUCUGGUAUGGCAGAGCAAGCUUUAAAGACCUUAGACUUGGGUUUGCGUUUGACAAUUAGCAAGAGGGUUAGAAAUUCAACCCCGUGGUUGGAGACCACUCUUUCAAUUAUUGAGGUUUUUGCUGAAAAAGGUGAUGUGGGAAAUGUUGAGAGAUUGUUUGAAGAAUUUCAUAAAACAAAGUAUUGUAGAUAUACUUUUGUAUAUAAUGCCUUGAUUAAGGCUUAUGUAAAAGCUAAGAUUUAUGAUCCAAAUCUUUUGAAAAGAAUGAUUCUUGGGGGAGCUAGACCAGAUGCUGAAACCUACAGUCUUUUAAAAAUUGCUGAACAAUUUCGAACUUGAUUUUGGAUGACAACUUUCAGUAAGUUAUCUGUAUUUUGUUUUCUUUCUGUCUGCUACAUAUGUAUCAAUUGCGGGACAACGAGUCAAUAAGAGGCAAGAGAUAUUACGAAGCAUGUACCAUUUGUUUGCCUUUUACAACUGAUAAUGUAAAGAUGAGCAUAAUCUGUAGAUUUGAUAAAUACUGAGAUCGAAUAGGCUCAUUUAUUAUCCAAAUCUAUUAAUCAUACGGUAGAGCAUAUUACCUGGCCUUUUUUCUUACUGCUUAUGUUUCUCCAUCAUUUUACAUCUUUGAUUUGCUUGACGUAUAACAGUUUCUCCUUUUGUUUAUUUUUUAAAUGUUUACCUAGUUUGAGUUAACGCUCCAAAAUCUCCAUAGCUGCUGGCCUCUGCUAAUGGUGUUGCAUUAUCUGGAUCAUAAGUGGGACAGAGACGUGGUUUUGGAGGAAAUAGCCAAGUUUCCUGAACUAACUAUGCAAUAACUGCAGUCAGAAACAGAACAACGGCGUCACAAGGUUAGCUUUUAUUUGGAAAAAGGGAAGGCCCCAAAUGUUGUCAAAGCUCUCUCAAAACGUCUGGAGAAACGUGGGGUGAGAUUAUAGUUCAUAAUAAACUUAAUGGCAGAAAUUUGUCUACUUCAUUUGAAAGCUUUGCCUGCAACUUUUUUUUUGAUAGGCGGUUAGAUGUGAAAAUAAUUUAUAGCAAUGGUAUUGCUUUGGAUGUAUUAGCCCAAGCUGCUGGAAAAGGAAGGACACUUGCUUUUCUACUUGAAAAACUAAAUGUUGAUG